UAUCGAAUGUUGAUAAGAAUAAUUGUAUCCACGGUCACCGAUGCUCGUCAGGAAGCGUUAUGCAUACACUCUCCCUCUUUUCUUUGUCUUAAACAUCACUGCAGACAUUUGCUUUGCUUGAUUGGUUUGUUCGGUAGAAAGGUGUGAACCAUCUUUAAAGGUCUUUGCAGUGGUCCUGAGGCUGAGGCCAUGAAUGUGGGAAGAACCGUCUUUAGAAGGCCUUUCGUUUCAUCAUGGCUGAUAAGAAGCUGGUCUUUGGAGAUUAGAUGCUGACUCUUUAUCUUCCAAGAAUCCUCCUCCAAUGCUUCUCGCUCCACUUUCUCUUCGUGGGUCCUUCCCAUAUUCCUUGUUCUAUCACUUCCCGCGUGCAUUCAAACGCCAAAGCACUCUGAAACCCGCUACAACGUUUCAUAAGGUAAUCCCACUUUGCAAUUCUUUUAUGCAAAACCAUGUUUUGCUCGGAAUAGAUUUAGCUGGUUUUAGUAACACCGCCGUAUCCCAUGCGUUCGACGAAUUUCCAGUCCAAGAAAAUGAAGAAAAUUCAAAGGGAGUUGAUUUCCUCCAUAUCAUGGAAGAGCGUGGGAUUCGUGCGAAUUUUCAGACCUAUCUAUGGCUUUUAGAAGGGUGUUUGAAUUCUGGGUCUUUAGUAUGUGGGCAGAAGCUUCACGGAAAGAUUUUGAAGUUGGGUUUUGAUUCGGAACCUGUUUUGUGUGACCGAAUUAUUGAUAUCUAUAUUGCGGGUGGUGAUUUAGAUGUUGCAGUUAAGGUUUUUGAUGAUAUGCAUAAUAGAAGUGUAUCUUCCUGGAAUAAAAUAAUUAAUGUGCUUGGGGUGAACAAGUGGAGUGGUCAGGUAUUGGGUCUCUUUUGCCGAAUGAUGGCUGAGAAUGUGAAUCCGAAUGAAACAACAUUUGCUGGAGUUUUAAGGGCGUGCAGUGGUGGUAAUGUUGCUUUCCAGUAUGUGGAGCAGAUUCAUGCGAGGAUUAUUUAUCAUGGUUUUGGUGCUAGCACGCUUGUAUGUAACCCGUUGAUUGAUUUGUAUUCGAAAAAUGGCUUCAUAGAUUAUGCUAAAAAGAUCUUUGAUAGAUUAUAUUUGAAGGAUAGUGUUUCUUGGGUGGCGAUAAUGUCAGGUUUAUCUCAGAAUGGACAUGAAGUAGAAUCUAUUCUCCUAUUUUGCCAGAUGCAUACAUCAGGAUUGACCCCUACUCCUUAUAUCUUUUCAAGCGUUCUAAGUGCCUGCACCAAGAUACAGUUGUUUGAGGUGGGAGAGCAGCUUCAUGGGCUUGUUUUUAAGGGGGGAUUUUCUUCUGAGAUGUACGUGUGCAAUGCUCUUGUGACAUUGUAUUCCCGCUCAGGAAACUUGAUAUCUGCUGAACAGAUUUUCAGCACAAUGCGAUACAGGGACAGGGUUUCAUAUAAUUCACUCAUCUCAGGGCUGGCUCAGUGUGGAUUUAGUUAUAGAGCUCUGGAAUUGUUUAAGAAAAUGCAGCUUGAUUUCUUGAGACCAGAUUGUGUUACAGUUGCAAGUUUGUUGAGUGCCAGUGCAUCUGUUGGAGCGCUCGAUACAGGGAGGCAAUUCCACUCAUAUGCAAUAAAAUCUGGAAUGUCUUCAGAUAUUAUUCUUGAAGGUUCUCUGCUGGAUCUCUAUGUGAAGUGCUCAGAUAUAGAUACUGCCCAUGAAUUUUUCCUUACAACAGAGACUGAAAAUGUGGUCCUAUGGAACGUUAUGUUAGUUGCUUAUGGGCAGUUAGGUAAUCUGAGUGAGUCGUUUGAGAUAUUUAGACAGAUGCAGAUUGAAGGCAUGAUACCCAAUCAAUUCACUUAUCCAAGUAUACUGAAAACCUGUACCUCUUCUGGAGCUCUUGAUCUAGGAGAGCAGAUUCAUACUCAAGUCAUGAAGACUGGCUUUCAGCUCAAUGUGUACGUCUGCAGUGUCCUCAUAGAUAUGUAUGCUAAGCUUGGAAAACUUGAUACUGCCCUGCAAAUUCUCAGAAGAUUAACUGAGGAAGAUGUUGUCUCUUGGACUGCUAUGAUUGCAGGCUAUGCACAGCAUGAAAUGUUUGCCGAAGCUCUUAAACUUUUUGAAGAAAUGCAGAAUCGAGGGAUCCGAUCUGAUAAUAUAGGAUUUUCAAGUGCAAUUAGUGCAUGUGCCGGUAUUCAAGCACUCAAUCAAGGACGACAAAUCCACGCUCAAUCGUAUGUCUCUGGUUACUCAGAUGAUCUUUCAUUCAGCAAUGCACUUGUUAGUCUUUAUUCUAGAUGUGGUAGAGUAGAGGAAGCAUACUUAGCAUUUGAGAAAAUUGAUGAUAAAGAUAACAUAUCAUGGAAUGCAUUGAUAUCAGGGUUUGCACAGAGUGGGUACUGUGAGGAAGCACUGCAGGUAUUUGCUCAAAUGAACAAAGCUGGAGUAGAAGUUAAUCUAUUCACCUUUGGCUCUGCAGUUAGUGCAGCUGCCAAUCUAGCAAAUACUAAACAAGGGAAGCAGAUCCAUGCUAUGAUUCUAAAAACUGGGUAUGAUUCAGAAACUGAGGUUUCUAAUGUUUUGAUCACAUUGUAUGCCAAGUGUGGUAGUAUGGAUGAUGCCAAGAGGCAGUUUCUUGCAAUGGUUGAAAAAAAUGAGGUCUCGUGGAAUGCCUUGAUUACAGGCUAUUCUCAACAUGGAUGUGGUAUUGAAGCACUACAUCUUUUUGAGGAGAUGAAAAGGCUUGGUAUGAUGCCUAACCAUGUUACCUUUGUGGGAGUUUUGUCGGCCUGUAGCCAUGUGGGUAUGGUGAACGAGGGGCUUGGCUACUUUGAAUCCAUGUGCAAAGAGCAUGGCUUAGUGCCUAAACCUGAGCAUUACGUUUGUGUUGUGGAUCUUCUUGGCCGGGCUGGUUUUUUGAGCCGUGCAAGAAAAAUCAUAGAGGAUAUGCCAAUUAAACCAGAUGCAAUGAUUUGGAGGACCCUCUUAAGUUCUUGUAUAGUUCAUAAGAACAUGGAAAUUGGAGAGUUCGCUGCACGUCAUCUUCUAGAAUUAGAACCUGAAGAUUCAGCCACUUAUGUUCUCUUAUCAAAUAUAUAUGCAGUCUCUGGGAAAUGGGACAGUAGGGAUAGGACAAGGCAAAUGAUGAAAGACAGGGGUGUGAAGAAAGAGCCCGGCCGGAGCUGGAUUGAAGUUAAGAACUCAGUUCAUGCAUUCUUUGUUGGUGACCGUCUCCAUCCACUAGCAGAUAAGGUAUAUGAAUACUUAGGAGAUUUGACUAAACAGGCAGCUGAAAUUGGCUACGUGCAGGACCGCUAUACCCUUUUGAACAAUGUGGAGCAAGGACAGAAGGACCCAACAGUACAUAUUCAUAGUGAGAAAUUGGCAAUUGCUUUUGGACUCCUUAGCUUGUCAAGUACGAUACCCGUGCGUGUGUUUAAGAAUCUUCGUGUCUGUAAUGAUUGCCAUAAUUGGAUUAAGUAUGUGUCAAAGAUUUCAAAUCGAGCUAUUGUAGUAAGGGAUGCAUAUCGUUUUCAUCAUUUUGAAGGUGGUAUAUGUUCAUGUAGAGAUUACUGGUAAUUAUGACUGAAGAAAGUUGAUCAAGAAAAGAGGAAAUUUAUUGGAUCCUGCAAAACAUAUUAAAUAUCAGAGUAUUUAAUACUGUGAUCUUGUUGAUGACACAAGCUAGUAUGUCAGUAGUAGAAAUUGGUUAUUUCAAGAUUUUCCACAAAUUUGAGGGACUUUGGCAUCGUUGAUGGUGACUCCAGGAGAUAUGGCAAGACUUUCCCUUUUUAUUUCCGGAGCUUUAAAAAGGUGAAUAAGACAGCAGAUCCUUUUGAUGGCCUAUUUCUGUGCGAGCAUGUUCUAUUCAGCGUUAGCUUCUUGAAUAAACCAUUCAAUUCAUCAUUCAGAACCAAUCCUUAAUUCACCUCCUCAUCUGAAGACCUGAACUUGUCCAGAAUCAAUGGAUUUUCAAGCACAUAUCGAAGGAAAAGGGCAUGCCUAUUCUCAUCCCAGUGAAAUGAAGAGAUCGAGGGAGAGAGAUGG